CUUAUGGUGAUUACGGUGUAGCAAAUGAAGCAAUACCUAAACAUCAUGUACCAUAUUCAUGUUGUGAUUUACAAACUUAUACAAGUGCACAAUGUAAUAAUGCUUCAAAAUUGACUAAAAACAAACUCAUCAAUUUAAUGACACAAUCAUCAUCAUCAUCACCUGAAAUCAACAAUCUUCCUUAUGUUAUUCCAUAUAAUCUGGCUUAUCCGGAAGGUUGUGUAAAUCGAUUGAAAAAAUUAUUUUUACCAGUAGUAAUUGGUUGUUUUUGUUUUUUAAUCUCAAUGAAUAUUUUUGCAACAUUUGUAAAUUGUUUUUAUGUACAAAAAGCUGCAGAUGAAGAAGAAUAUGAACGAACUUGGCUUGAUUCAAAAAGUUUUAUCAAAGAAACUAAAGAAGCAUUUUGUCUUCUACCAAAAACAAGCCAAAUUGAAACUACACGUAAUACUUCAAUGCCAAAUGAAAACGAUUUAAGUGUAUUUCAAAGACAAUUAUCACGUAAACGAACUCAUUCUACAAUAUCUGAUAAGCAUUAAAAUUCAAAUGACUUGUUAAUCUUAUAUUCAUUUUUUCCACCAUUUUGGUUUCUUCUUCAAACUUUUCAUGUAUAUUCUGUAUACAAUGCUUCUCCAUCUUUUCCUUUCAUGAAACAAAUUAUUUCCUAAUUUAAUACAGUGAUUAGAACUUUGAAAAAAUCGUAAAUUUUAAACAAUUUAUGAACUUU